UUCAUAGAGAGCGAGGUAUACACAUCAAUCUCUGUGAAAAAAUGGGGACGACGAAGAGCAGCUCCAAUUCUACCUCAAUAUCUGAUCUUAAUAAUAAUGAAAAUAAUAAUAGUAGUAAUAAUAAUAAUAAUAAUGUCAAUGUUAAUGGCGACAAAGACAGAAACAACACGACCAGAGUGGUGUUGAAUGUCUACGACCUCACCCCUCUCAACAAUUAUUUGUAUUGGUUUGGCUUUGGAAUCUUUCAUUCUGGCAUUGAAGUACACGGUAAAGAGUAUGGAUUUGGAGCUCAUGACUUUCCAGCAAGUGGAGUAUUUGAAGUAGAGCCAAAGAAGUGCCCUGGAUUUAUAUACAGAUGUUCUGUGAAUUUAGGGCAAAUAAACAUGCAUCCUUCUGAGUUUCGAAUUCUCAUUGAGAGUAUAGCUAAUGAGUAUCAUGGAGAUACUUACAACCUCAUAUCUAAGAACUGCAAUCAUUUUACGGAUGAUGUUUCAAGUAGAUUGAAUGGAAAACGAAUCCCAGGUUGGGUCAAUCGUCUUGCUAGACUAGGUUCACUAUGCAGUUGCCUACUUCCUGAGUGUGUUGAAGUAACUACUGUUAAACAACUACCGGAAUACCAUGACUGUUCAGAAGAUGAAAUCACUGAUUCUCUUUCGUCUGCAUCACCAUGUGCAUCUCAAACAACAUCAGUAAUAGACGAUGAUCAAGAAAAGCACCUUCUGUCACCUUUUGCAAGCAAAGCAGAAAAUGUUUCGUUUGUUAAAGAGGCACCAUUAAAAUGAAUGAUGAUGAUGAUGGAGGUGAGAAACACUGAGUAUUUGACCAUAUCUGUUUGUAGGGAUGAUUGGAGCCUAGAAGUUGUUCAUUUUUCAAAGGCUUUCUACGUUCCUCAUUCAUUUAGUGGCUUCAGAUUUGUGUCAGGGUUGAUUCAUUCAAGAAACAGUGCCUGAUUAUUGGUUUUCAUGUAUCAUCAUCAUCGUCAUCGUCAUCAAUGAUUGUGUAUCAGGUUUUGUAUUUGUGGAGCGAUGUGGGGCUCUUAGCCAUGUAAAUUUCAUCCAAGUUUGGAAAUGAGUUAUGGAAGAUUCUUUACACGUACGUAGCAAUGGUUGUUUAUGAGGCUUAGCUUAUCAUCUGUGCGAGGCUUUUUUUUGGAGGAUUUGUUGGGGGUCGUAGCUGUGUAAAUUUUAAGCGCAUUUUUUAGAGAGUUAACGAAAUAUUUACACAUGUUUAAUGAUUGUGUAUGGAGCAUAGUUGUUCAAAUGCAAGGGUUUUCAUUUUGGAGCCAUGAAUGUGAUUUACAUCUA